CGUUUUCUUUCAUCUCGUCUAUAUACAAUAUAUAUAUACAAUUACUCCUCUUAAAUCUUUUCUUAUCAUUUUGUUAUAUAUCUUUUACCAAACAAUUUCGUUCAACUCUUCCUUUGAAGAAAAAGGACAACAUUUUUUGUGGUUUUGCUUCGUGUUUUUAGUAGGUGAAGAUGGAAGCAGCUACUGUUCUUCGAUCGCCAUUAAGCAUUUCGAUCCCUCAAAAAUUAGCUUCAAGACCUUCAGUUUCUGUCCCAAAUGGAAGCAGUUUUAUGCGUUUCACCAAUAAUUUUCGCUUCAGCAAGUCUACCUCUCCAUGCCGUGUCAAGCUUGAGGGUGGAAGUUUGUCCUCUAGGAGUCGGAAGUCCCUUAUGGUUAGAGCAUCCAAAUCUUCUAACUCAUUUGACUCCACUGCACCUAUUGCUCCCCUUCAGCUGGAGUCUCCAGUUGGCCAGUUUCUGUCCCAAAUCUUAGUAAGCCAUCCACACCUUGUUCCUGCUGCAGUUGACCAGCAACUUGAGCAGUUGCAGACUAAUUGUGAAUCAGAGAAACAGAAGGAAGAGCCAUCGGCUUCUGGCACUGAUCUUGUAUUAUACAGGAGGAUAGCAGAGGUUAAGGAGAAUGAAAGGAGAAAAACUUUGGAAGAGAUUUUGUACACCUUGGUGGUACAAAAAUUCAUGGAUGCAAAUAUUUCUUUGAUACCCUCUAUUUCCCCAUCUUCAGCUAAUGCUACAGAUCGUGUUGACGUGUGGCCUAGUCUGGACGAGAAGCUAGUAGAAGUUCACUCUCCUGAAGCCUAUGAGAUGAUCCAGAAUCAUCUUGCUCUUAUACUUGGUAACCGGUCAGGAGACUCGACCUCAGUAGCACAGAUAAGCAAACUCAGAGUUGGACAGGUGUAUGCAGCAUCAGUGAUGUUUGGUUACUUCUUGAAGCGCAUAGACCAGAGGUUUCAGCUAGAAAAGGCAAUGAAAAUCCUGCCUGAGCAGAUGGAUGCAAGAGAAAAUGAAUUAAUGAUAGAAGAUGGGGGAUCUAUGGCUUCUGAGGACUCCACUUCAUACUAUCAGGAUCAUGCGCAAGUGCAUCCUGAGGUCUCAUCUUUUACUAGUGGUAUUAAUGAUGGGGGUUUUGAUCAAGGGGUAAAACCGUCCCGUCUAAGAAGCUAUGUGAUGGCAUUUGAUGCAGAAACACUUGCGAAAUACGCGACUAUUCGCUCGAAGGAGGCGGUUACAAUUAUUGAGAAGCACACUGAAGCUUUGUUUGGGAAACCGGAUAUAGUCCUUACAGCUCAGGGAACUAUUGAUCCUUCUAGGGAUGAGCAUAUUAAGAUUGGGUUUAGUGGUUUGAGGAGACUUGUUUUGGAGGCUGUUACUUUUGGGUCGUUUCUGUGGGAUGUUGAGAGUUACGUUGAUUCGAGGCACCAUCUUGUGCUUAACUAGAUCCUCUGUGGGCCUUUGUUUGAGAUGUGAACUAGGACAUGAUCAAAAUUGGGUAGGAUUGGAGACUUGCCCUAAAUGAUUGCUGCUGUACAUAUAUUUAGGGUUUUCCUUGUUUUAUAUACACCUAGUUUUGUGCC